CAUCUGCCACUCCUCUUCUUCCCUUCGACGGCCAAAACCCUCUCUCCUCCUAAAACCUCUCUCUCUCUCUCUCUUCGCCAUCACCGACCAUGUCCCAUUCUCUCUCCGUCGCCGCCACGAACCACGUCCUCUCCCCCUUCCCUCGUCCCGCCGCCGCCCCCGCCGCCGCGACGAGCCAGCUUCUCCUCCGCCGCUCGCUCUUCGGCGCCCUCUCGCCUCCUCUCCGUCCGCUGCCGCCGCCGCCUCCGCCCCUUCGCGGCGCGCUCUGCGUCGCUCGCCUAGGGUUCAACCCGGACCCCGAGAGCGCGGAGGUCUUCGUCAGGGAGGUCUUCGGCAGGGCCGAGGGGUUGCUCUACACGAUCGCCGAUGCCGCCGUCUCGUCGUCCUCCCCCGAUGCCGUCGCGGGCGAGACGGUCGCUAAGCAGAACGGCGAUUGGCUCUCCGGCAUCACCAAUUACAUGGAGAGCGUUCUCAAGGUCCUAAAGGACGGACUUUCUACUGUGCAUGUACCGUAUGCAUAUGGAUUUGCAAUUAUUCUCCUGACAGUACUUGUCAAGGCUGCUACGUUUCCCUUGACAAAGAAACAGGUAGAAUCAGCUAUGGCAAUGCGCUCUCUGCAACCACAGAUAAAAGCUAUUCAGGAACGAUAUGCGGGUGAUCAGGAGAGAAUUCAACUUGAAACUGCUCGAUUGUAUAAACUAGCUGGAAUAAAUCCACUAGCAGGUUGCUUGCCCACACUUGCCACAAUACCAGUGUGGAUCGGGCUUUAUAGGGCUCUUUCAAAUGUGGCAGACGAGGGACUCCUUACAGAAGGUUUCUUCUGGAUACCUUCCCUGGCGGGACCAACAACAAUUGCAUCUCGACAAAACGGAAGUGGAAUCUCUUGGCUUUUUCCUUUUGUAGAUGGUCAUCCACCCCUUGGAUGGUCAGAUACACUGGCUUACCUUGUUUUGCCUGUGUUGCUGGUCUUUAGUCAGUACGUGUCUGUCCAAAUCAUGCAGUCAUCUCAGAGCAAUGAUCCAAGCAUGAAGAGUUCUCAAGCAAUAACAAAAUUCCUACCUCUAAUGAUUGGAUAUUUUGCCCUUUCUGUUCCUUCUGGCCUAAGCCUUUAUUGGCUGACAAACAACAUAUUGAGCACUGCACAACAAGUGUGGCUUCAAAAGUUAGGUGGCGCUAAUAAUCCGCUCAAACAAUUUCGCAACAACACGAUUAAACUAGAUGAAGCGCAAAAUCAGAAGAGUGAAUCUGAGGUUAUCUCUACCAACAAGGUUGAAGAAAAGAAAAUUUUGACUGUGGAGGGACCCCGCCCUGGUGAAAGGUUCAAGCAAUUAAAGGAGCAAGAGGAGAGAAGGCGGCAGGAGAGAGAACAGCAAAAGAAAGACGCAACAGUGGCUGUUAAAGAAAUCCCAGUAGCAGAUGAAGGGCGUGAAAAAGAAAGCAGUAUGCCAGAGGUAAAUAAUGAGACUAGACCACCGUUGGUGAAUAAGAGCACUGAAGAACCUCAAUAUGCGAAUAGCACUUAUCAUUUGUCAAAUGGUGGAGUAGUUGUCAAUGGCAACCUUUCGAGUCCUGAACUGCAGGAAGAUGAGAAUGCAUCAGAUAAAGGUGCUGCUGUCACAAAUAAUGAUGCUGAAAGGAGUGAUAACUAGAAUGUAGACAAAAACAUGGCAAAGGUAGCAGUCGAGGCAAUCAACUGAACUGCAUAAGUUCCUCAAAAGACACACAGAGAGGAGCCGGUGUGAGGCAAAGAAGCCGUGUAGCAACUAAUAAUACCAGCUAGUCCAGGAGACUGGGAUACUUUUGUCUUGGACUGAUGAGGAAAAACCUGAAGCCCUUGAAUUAGCAUACUGGCUCGAAGAUGACAGUUCGUUCAUUGCACUUGUGACAGCCUCGCCUCUUCUGUGAAGUUCUCAUUAAAAUUUGCAGGUAUAACAAGAGCCUGGGUGAAAGAUAUGCCAUGUGUGAAGCCAACAUCUAAGCGACUUUUCCUCCUCCCUUCUUCGACUCCGUCAUGAAGAGUAACUAGGACCAAUUCAAUUAGAUUUUCAUGUUCAGUAUAUUAUCCCAAGUGAGAGAGUAUACUCUUUGUAUUCUUUGUACAAAAGCAGGAUGUGACUGGCGAGGCUUCGUCAAAUGUAUCCCAACUUAAUAAAAAGAGAGGCCGGAAGUUUUGAGCUUGUUGAACCAAA